GAGUGGCCACUGACCUUAGUGGGCGCGCUCUCGCGGCCUUGGCGUUUCACAGAGAUUUUGUGGAAAAUAGAGGCUGUAUUUAACGUAUUUCUGUAGUUUUGGGGAAUGCACGGGCUCUUCCAAGAGCAGAGCAGUCGUUUAUUCCAGUACAUCAUCCGGUGCAUGUGUGUUUACUCUCGCUCUCUUUGAAAGCACGUUUUCCUCAUGCUAGUCUUUGUAUGCACUGAGCGCUUCUGGAAGACAUCAGCGCGACUCAUUAAACUGCGCUUUGCUUUCUCAGGGUCGCAUUUUUUCCCUUACAAAAACUAGUUUCUUAAUUGCUUCACGCUUGGUGUGAACUUUAUUUUUUGUUUGUGAGAUAAUCGCAGCCACUGAAUAGCUAGCUGCUAGCUAGCCCGCCUCACUCUCAGUCGGCGUGUUGGAGCUGCUGGAAAAUGUCAGAUUUUGACGAGUUUGAGAGACAGCUGACCGAAAACAAGCAAGCAGACAGAGACAAGGAGAACAAGCACCACCGGCGCAGUGGCUCAAGAAGUCGCAGCAGAGACCAGGACAGAAAAAGGAGGAGCCGGGACCAGGACAGAGAAAGGAGAGGCAGCAGCCGAGAUCGUCAUGGAGACAGCAAGGACCACAGACACAGACGCAGUCGCUCUCCACACCGUGAGAAGAAAAAGAUUAAAGUGAAAAAAUAUUGGGAUGUUCCUCCUCCUGGAUUUGAACACAUCACACCCAUGCAGUACAAAGCCAUGCAGGCUGCUGGUCAGAUCCCGGCCACUGCUCUGCUGCCCACAAUGACCCCUGAGGGUCUGGCUGUGACUCCAACACCUGUUCCUGUCGUGGGCAGUCAGAUGACUCGACAGGCCCGAAGGCUUUAUGUCGGCAACAUCCCAUUUGGCAUCACAGAGGAGUCUAUGAUGGACUUCUUCAAUGCUCAGAUGCGUUUAGGUGGCCUGACUCAGGCCCCAGGUAACCCAGUCCUUGCUGUUCAGAUCAACCAGGACAAGAACUUUGCCUUUUUGGAGUUCCGUUCGGUUGAUGAGACAACACAGGCCAUGGCAUUUGAUGGCAUAAUUUUCCAGGGACAGAGUUUAAAGAUUCGCCGACCACACGAUUACCAGCCUCUGCCAGGCAUGAGUGAGAAUCCCAGUGUCUAUGUCCCAGGCACGUCUCUCUUUUGCUCCCCCAAUUCUUGUGUUGUCUCCACGGUGGUGCCUGAUUCGGCCAAUAAACUCUUCAUUGGCGGUCUGCCAAAUUACCUCAACGAUGACCAGGUCAAGGAAUUGCUGACGUCGUUUGGCCCUCUGAAGGCCUUUAAUUUGGUGAAAGACAGUGCAACAGGCCUCUCUAAGGGCUAUGCCUUCUGUGAAUAUGUUGACGUCAAUAUCAGUGACCAGCACACUUUAAUAUCACAGGCCAUCGCUGGACUAAACGGGAUGCAGCUGGGUGACAAGAAACUCUUGGUCCAGAGAGCAAGCGUCGGCUCCAAGAACACCACACUGACGGGUAUAAACCAAACUCCAGUUACCCUUCAAGUCCCAGGUCUCGUAAACAGCUCGGUGACUCAAAUGGGCGGCAUUCCCACAGAAGUAUUGUGUCUGAUGAACAUGGUGGCUCCAGAGGAGCUGCUGGAUGAUGAAGAGUAUGAGGAGAUCGUGGAAGACGUCAAGGAUGAGUGCUCCAAAUAUGGCCAGGUCAAAAGCAUAGAGAUCCCGCGUCCUGUCGACGGCGUGGAAGUUCCUGGCACUGGAAAGAUCUUCGUGGAGUUUAUGUCAGUGUUUGACUCCCAGAAGGCAAUGCAAGGCUUAACAGGAAGGAAAUUUGCCAACAGAGUGGUGGUGACUAAAUACUGCGACCCUGAUGCAUACCACCGCCGUGACUUCUGGUAGAGAUGGGACAGAAUCAAGAGUGAGAGAGACUCAGAGAGAUGCAGAUGGUGUGAUUUCAAUCUCUCGGAAGCCCCUUAUUUUGUAGAUUUAUGAGGUCAGAGGGUGUGAGCUUUUUUAAAAUCUGGCAGACUAAAAACAUAACUUGUGUUUGGUCAGAAUGUAGCGAACCAAUCAUUUGUCAUGUUUUUUUUUUUGUUGUUGUUUUUUAUGGCAA